CUCUGUGGUUCUCUUUCCCUAAUCAAACCAUUGCUGUUUUCUUUGUUUUUCUGAAAUUAUUCAUGUUAUGAUCUUGAAGGAACUCUAGACAGGAAAUUAGUUUAGUUAUGGCAAGGCAGGAAGAAUAACCAGUGACACUCUCUAGGUGUCUUAAAAAUGGAUGGAAAUUUUUUAGCUAUCAACCCACAGGAUAUUGAAGAGCUAGAUUCUCAUUAUGUAAGGGGAGAGCAGAAGCUGAUGACAGACCCUUUCAAGUGUAUGAAGUGGUUAAGGAUGCAUAGUUACAUUAAUGUAAUCCCUUUCCAAGAUGUAAUCAUGGAGCUUAAUAUGAGACUUGACUAUCUACAAUUUAUUAUGAAGAGAUGGCCACAUCGUUACGAUACGUUCAGUAAUGUCCGCGAAACCAUAAAAAGGAUAGGAAUCGGCAUUCAUGAGGCAUGUGUGAGUACAAAAAACGAGAAGCUAGACGCUGCUUUGUCGAUCCUGGAGUUAAUGCUGAGCUCCGUCCUGAAUGGUAAUGCUCUUCAAAGAGAAGUUGAAUAUGCUUACGGACGCCUGAACUAUUCCAAUAAUUGGUUUGGGGCUGAAGAUACAGAAAACAAUUAUCCCUUCUACUUGGGGAUGUCAUUUUUUCCGCAGGGUGUAAAGGAUACUAACCUUGUAGCGGAAUUUGUGGACACUCUUUUUCAGAAGCUAACAUAUUUAGUGAGUUUAAGACUCGACGAUAUGACUAGUCAGAGAGUAGAAUCUUUUGAAGUGAAGCUUAAGUUCCUCAGAGGGUUCUUCUGGUUUACAUGGACAUGUUGCAUCAAAUUCCAUGGAGUGGAGGAUCUCUUUGCUGGCGUUAAAAUUCUACUCGACCUGGCAGCAUGUAUUUAUUACUGGUGUUAUGUUGGAAAAUUGACUCCUGAUUUGGAAUAUGAUGUGAUCCGAACAAUUAAUUGUUUUCUUGAAGAGAUGAAACCUUAUGAGACAGUGCUGAGGGACAACUAUCUCAGAGCCUUGAAGGCUUUACAGUCGCCACCGUUGGCUACUCAUGUUCCACACAGCAGUAAGCUUGUUGUAUCCAUUGCAGAUUCUCUUGUCGACAAUUUCAUGGAGCUAGAUGGUAAAUGGUAUGUAUCGGAAGUUCCUACAACUCUUCGAAUUGAAACCAUUAGUCAAGAUCUCAGCCUCUUGAUAACUUUGUUGAGAGGCUUGCGAAGAGAGUGUGCUGACAACAUUAUAGAGUUGAAAGAUCUUUUAUCAUAUGUCAAGGUUCAAUGUAAUGAGAUAAGUCUAAACAGAGCCUCAGUUUCUUUCGGGCGGAUGGACAAAGACAUGUUGAGACAAGUUACUUGUUUGUUCCAUCAAGUGAGGGGAAUGAUCAAAAUCAUGGAGGUAGAAUACUCUUUGAUAGAUCUACAGAAUUCCAUUUCCAACAACUCAAUGGUUUAUCGGAAAGGUGAAAUCGAAAUCCUUUAUGAGGAGCUCAAAUCCUUUGCAACACUUGUAUUCAAUCUUCCAGGACAGCGGGAAUGGGAUAGUCAUUCGAGGCAUAUUGAAGCUGUGUCUCAUAUUUUUGAAACUGUCAUCAGAUCCUUUAACAUGAGAUCUUUGAAUGAAGACGCGGACAAAAAGUCUAGUAGUCAUGGCCUGUUUGAAUUAUCAGUGAAAGUCAAGCUCAUCAAGGCCGAGGUCAAUUUAAGGAAGCUGAUGAAGAAUGAGAUAAUUCAAGUAGAUCUUGUGAAGGAUAAAAUUGAAAACCUUUUAGGUGAUCUUGAAUUCUUGGGGAAUCUUCUGUUGGAUCUGCCCGAGCAGUAUGAUGAGCAUGGAAGAAGGAAUGAUCUCCUAAGUAGUGUUAAUGCGGUGGCUGGAGAAGCAGAUUCCAUCAUUGAGUCUCUUUGCGGGAAGACAAGUGAUGAAGAGGUGGCAGGAAAAAUAAGCAUUCAACUCUCUGAUGUGCUACAAAAGAUAAAGUUAAUCAAGACAUUGGACAGGGAAAUUUGUCCUAAAUUUCCAAAAUUGUCUAAGACUAAUCUCCCCAGAACUGACGGUCUAGGCUUUCUUGACUUCCUCAUUGGAUAUCUUGUGGAGACCUUAGAAUCUAACAGUUAUGGGACUUUUCUCUUAAAGCAUAACAUUGAGACUGUUCAAAGGGAACUAGCAUUUCUGAGAGAAUUUCUUGAAAAGUUCAAAGAACAACAUACUGAGUACGAUGAGCUGAGAAGUCUAUGGGUACAAAUAGUAGGUGUGGCAUAUGAAGUGGAAUAUGUUGUCGACUCAUAUGUUUCUAAUGGAGGUGGAACAAUUUGGUACCAUAUGUUGUCUGAUGUCUUAGAAGAGAUUCGUCAUAUCAAAGAAAAUAUGACAAAGUUCUCUGAAUAUGGAUAUGAAUGUACAACACAUUCUGUUGGUGAUACUGUUUCCAAUAAUAGUAUGUCACAGCAAACUGAAAAGCCAAAAGUUAAUGAAGUGGUAGUUGGUUUCGAGGAUGUCUUAGGAAAACUAAAAGGUAAAGUCAUUGGAGGACAAUCGAACUUAGACGUUAUCUCAAUUGUCGGAAUGCCUGGACUUGGCAAAACCACUGUGGCCAAGAGGUUAUACUUAGAUUGCAAAGCUACCAAUCACUUUGAUUUGUGUUCUUGGUGUUGUAUUUCUCAAGUCUAUGAACGGAAACAAGUGUUGAUUGAAGUUUUACAACAAAUCAUUGAGCUCCCUGACAAAAUUGAAGAAAAGAGUGUCCAAGAUUUGGCUACUUUGUUGCACAAAAGUGUCAUUGGAAAGAGGUACCUCAUUUUCAUGGAUGAUAUAUGGACUCCUGAUGCAUGGGAUGAGUUGAAAAGUCCUUUUAAAGAUGAUAACAAAUCAAGUAGGAUCAUUUUAACAAGCCGAUAUGUUGAAGUAGCAUUGUAUGCCAAAUGUUACAGUGAACCUGAACACCUUCGUUGGUUCAAUGAAGAAGAAGGUUGGAUGUUGUUGCGACAAAAGUUAUUCCAAGACCAGGAAUCAUGUCCUCAAAAAUUUGUGGAUGUCGGUAAACAAAUUGUAAAAAAGUGCCAUGGACUACCUCUUUCGGUUGUUCUAGUGGCAGGUUUUCUCGGGAAGAUGGAGAUGAGAGAAGAUAAGUGGUUACAAGUGGCGGAAAGUCUAAGCUCGUAUGGAAUUGGUGAUUCGAACUGUAGAGACAUAAUAGAACUGAGUUACAAGCAUUUACCUGAAUAUCUUAAACCUUGUUUUCUUUACUUGGGUAGAUUUAUGGAAGAUGAAGAAAUCUCAGUCUCGAAGUUAAUAUGGUUAUGGAUUGCCGAAGGUCUUGUUAGAAAACAUAUAACAAAGAGCUUAGAGGAUGUGGCUCAAGAAUACUUGGUGAAUCUCAUUAGCCGAAGCCUAUUAAUGGACGCCAAAAAGAGACAUACAGGCACGGUUAAAUCAUGUCGACUUCAUGAUCUCUUACAUGAAUUUUGUAGGAUCAGAGCAAAAGAAGAGCAGUUUUGGCAGGAUGUAUACAGUGAUCCAAAUUUCCAAGAUCUGGAGCAACGUCGGAUAUCAUCGUGUUCUAAUGCCACAUUUCCAAGAUAUGGCUUCCCUGUUCGGUCUCUACUAAUCUACGCAGCCAAUAAUAACGAGAUGAUGGGACCAUCUGUCCCAUUUGUUUUACGCUUCAGACUUCUUAAGGUGCUGGAUUUGGAGCGCCUUGACCUUUGGGGUAACUUUCCGAAAGAAAUAGAAGUGCUAAUUCAUUUGAGAUAUUUAGCUGUUAAAAUAGGUACGACUGAUGUUCCCCGUUGGAUAGACAAACUGACAUACCUAGAAACACUUUUGAUUAAAGGAUCAAGAGGGGAAGUGAAGAUACCAGACACUGUUUGGAACAUGGUAAGGUUGAGACAUGUGCACAUAAACGAUAGAGCGUCUUUUGGUUACAGAAAAGAGAUCAUUCAUAAUUCUUCCAAAUUAUAUGACUUGGAAACACUUUCAACUCCAUGUCUUGCCUAUGGAGAUGACAUGGAGAAAAUGAUAAGGAAGUUCUCUAAUCUUAAGAGAUUGAGGUGUAGGUUCUUGGAGUCGAGUGGUCAGUAUUCAAUGAAGUUGAGAAAAAAAAUCAUUCGUUUUCCCACGUUGGACUUUUUGGUUCAUCUUGAAUCACUGAAGGUGUUCUCUAAUGGCAAAAAACUUUUACAUCCUAGUGAAUUCAAUCUCCCGGAGAAUCUAAAGAAGUUGACACUUUCAAAUUUCCGCUUACCAUGGAAAGAAAUAUCUACAAUCGCAACACUUCCAAGGCUCGAGGUGCUCAAGUUGCUUCUUAAAGCCUUCGAGGGAGAAACAUGGCAAGUGACAGAUGAUGAGUUCCCUGCACUCAAAGUGUUGAAAUUAGACAAUGUAAUUAUCUCACAAUGGGAUGUCUCUGAUGACGCCUUCCCUAGUCUUGAGAAAUUGGUUUUGCAAAGAUGUAAGGAACUUAAGGAGAUCCCUUCUUCUUUCAGUUACAACACUACUCUAGAGAGCAUCGAAGUUAGCUGGUGCAGCAUUUCUAUCACAGACUCAGCUAAGCAGAUUCAGGAGACACAAAUUGAAGAGCUCGCGAAGGAUGGUUUCAAAAUCUUUAUCUAGCAAAUUCACUAUUGGAGUGUGGCUCUUCCUUAGAUCCUGUGAACACGGAAUACUUUGUGCAUCGGGCUAUCCAUCACACAAGCUAGUUAUUUGUGGACAAUUAUCAAACAAUCUUCAAUUAUUUUUUGUAUUUGCUUGUGUAAUGAUUGAUUACAAAGAGGCAUUUCUAACU